AUGGAGGAGGUCUGGGGUAUGGGAUGUGGGCAGCGUUUGAAGAAGAGGAAUGUAUCAGUCGGAUUACAUAUCUCACCAGCUGUCUCUAUGGCUUUCCUGUGCCAUGCUGUGCUGCUGUUGCUGUGUGUUCUCAACUCUGCCUCAGCCACUGUUGUAGCUGACAUGGACUACGGAGGUGUUCCUCUGUGGAUAAAUCGCCUGCUGGGUGAACCCAGUGUGAUGAGCCUGCAAGGACGGAUGGAUGCAGCCUGGUUGCGAGCUAACAACCCCCUGGCCUGCCCUCAGCAGUGUGACUGCCCCAUCCAGUGGCCCACGGCGCUCUACUGUGACCACAGAGGCCUGGCAGACACCCCUGACGGCCUGCCGGACAGAACUCGGUACCUGUUUCUUCAGGGCAACAACAUCUCGUCCUUGUCCUCCUCUUUUUUGUCCAACAUUACUGCUCUACACUGGCUCAUCCUGGACCACAAUCAGCUGCAAGACCUGGUCCCGCUGCAGAACCAGACCCAGCUGUACUACUUAUUUGCCAACCAAAACCACCUGAAAUCAGUGCCAAGCGCUCUACCAGCUGGACUCAAGCAGCUGCGACUGGCAAACAACCAAAUCAGCAGCAUCAGUCCUGGAGCUUUCCAGAACCUGCACAACUUGACACUGCUGCUGCUGCAGGGAAACAGACUGCAAACCCUCACAGAGGGAGACCUCAAAGGUCUGUUCAGUCUGAACCUGCUGGACCUCAGUGGGAAUUUGUUCUCGGCUUUCCCCAAACAUUUACCCCCUUCUGUCCAGCAGCUCUAUAUUUCCAAUAACACUCUCCGUGGGCUGGAUGAAGACAGUUUUUUGGGAUUGCUCAAGCUAAAGUAUCUUCGUCUAAGUCACUGUGGUCUGCAGAGCAGCGGCGUCCACCAGCAGGUCUUCAACUUCUCCAGUUUGGUGGAACUGGACCUUUCUUAUAACAAACUUAAAACUAUUCCCACAGUCCCAACCACCCUGCAGUACCUCUACCUGGAGGCCAAUGAAAUACAAGAGUUCAAUGUGUCCAGUUUCUGCAGAGAGGUGGGACCUCUGUCCUACUCCAGGAUGAAGAUCCUACGAUUAGAGGGAAACAAAAUGUCCUACCAACAGCUGCCAUCCAACUGGGUCUUUUGCCUGCGAGUGCUUGAAAGUAUUUACAUCUGA